GCCGCCAGGGGGCGCUGCCGCCGCCUUGCCCGCCGCCUUGGCCGCCGCCGCCGGGGCGCGGGGCCGCUGCGGGAGCGCACGAUGGAGGCGCCGCCGGUGACCAUGAUGCCCGUCACGGGCGGCACCAUCAACAUGAUGGAGUACCUGCUGCAAGGGAGCGUGCUGGACCAGAGCCUGGAGAGCCUCCUGCACCGCCUGCGCGGGCUGUGCGACAACAUGGAGCCCGAGACCUUCCUGGACCACGAGAUGGUGUUCCUGCUGAAGGGGCAGCAGGCCAGCCCCUUCGUGCUGCGCGCCCGGCGCUCCAUGGACAAGAGCGGGAUGCCCUGGCACCUGCGCUACCUGGGACAGCCCGAGAUUGGCGACAAGAACCGCCACGCCCUGGUGCGCAACUGCGUGGACAUCGCCACGUCCGACAACCUGACGGACUUCCUGGUGGAGAUGGGCUUCCGCAUGGACCACGAGUUCGUGGCCAAAGGGCACGUGUUCCGCAAGGGCAUCAUGAAGAUCGUGGUGUACAAGAUCUUCCGCAUACUGAUGCCGGGAAACACGGAGAGCAUUGAGCCGCUCUCCCUCUCCUACUUGGUGGAGCUCAACGUGGUUGCGCCAGCAGGACAGGACAUUGUUUCUGAUGACAUGAGGAACUUUGCUGAGCAGCUGAAGCCUCUAGUACACCUGGAGAAAAUUGACCCCAAAAGACUAAUGUGACUAAAAAUCUGGGCGAUUAAAGCAGUGUUUUUGUACUUCAGAAAAGGAUGUUUUUCAAAAGCUUUUCGUGGGCAAAUCAAAAUCGGGAGAAGGGAAUAAAGUGCUAUCUAUAAGUUUU